AUACAUGUUGCGUCAUGCAUGGCAGAUCAAAUAAUUUAGUGGUCCAAAAUUUGACUUUCAGGGAUUUCUCUGCUAAAGAAAUUACCAAAACUGUUAUUACAUUCUAAUUACAACUUAAUACUUAUCUUCUUGUUUUAAUUUUGAUAGCUUAACUUAUUUUAUAUAUUACUUGCUAGUUAAGUGUUGGGUAUAAAUCUUGGUUAAUUCACUUUGCUGUACAUAUAUAAAGUUUAUGUUUACGAUGUUCUUUUUUUUUGAAAAUGGUUUUCAUUUCUGUUUACGAAUAUUAGCGCAAACACAUAUAGUUUGAAGGUACAAAUUAAGACAUAUCACGAGACGAGCAUAAUGCUGAGCAUAAAUGGUUACUGCAUAACGCAAUAACACUAAUUGGCCAUAAGAAAUUGUUGAUGUUGAAAUACGUAAGCUUUAUAUAAACAUUAAUUGCACUCUCAAAUUAGAAAAACUUAUGUAGUAAGAAAGAAGAGGAGAGAGAAAUGAAAUUCGAAGAUGGUGAGCUGAAACCAGACGCUACACACAGAAUCUAUAUAAAAAGAAACGAGAGAGAGUCUGAUGAAGCAUGCUAUUCCCCAUUAUCUCUCUGCUUUGUGUCAUCCUACUGAUCUCCAUUUCCAGAUCAUCCCCAAGAACACGAUUCAACAAGUACUUUAAAAGACUCUCUUUUCUCAUUCUUCAUUCUUCAUUCUUCUCUCUUUCUCUCUUUAUAUUUACCAUUAACUCACUCACACACAUUCUCUCGAUUCUCUCUAAUUCACACCUCAAGAUUCAAGAAUCAAACUAUCAUUGAAAGGAAUCCUGUAAUUAACUCUAGGGUUUUCAAUUCUUGUAUAUUUAGUCUUGUUCGUUUUGUAGUUAAUAAGAGAUUGCUUCUUAGUUGAUCUAUCUUUUGCAUAUGUUUACCCACAUCACAUAUACAUUUGAAUCAUCAGGAGGAGGAGGAAGGGGUGAAUAAGAGGAGAGAGAUGGGAAGAGGGAAGAUCGAGAUAAAGAAGAUAGAGAAUAAGACAUCAAGGCAAGUGACCUUCUCCAAGAGAAGAAGUGGUCUUAUCAAAAAGGCUAGUGAGCUCUCUGUUCUCUGUGAUGCUCACAUCGGUCUCAUCGUCUUCUCAACCACCGGAAAGCUCACCCAGUAUUGCUCCGAACCCUCCAAGAUGCCUCAGCUCAUUGAUAGAUAUUUGACAAAAGAAGGAUUACAACUUCCUGACCUUAAUGACGACCGGGAGGAACUGCGCCAUGAGAUUGAAGUACUAAGAAGGGAGACAUGUAAGCUUGAGCUCCGUAUGCGUCCAUACCAUGGACAUGACUUAGCCUAUAUUCCUCCACACGAGCUCGAUGGACUAGAGCAACAGCUCGAACAUUCUAUCCUUAAAGUCCGGAAUGAGUUGCUGAAGCAGCAGCAGUUGGGGAAUCUAAGCAUAAAGAGGCGGAUGCUAGAAGACGAUAACAACAAUAUGUACCGUUGGGUAAGUUUGCAUCGUACGGCAAUUGAGUUUCAGCAAGCUGGGAUAGAGACCAAAUCAAUGGAGUAUCAACAGUUUCUAGAGCAGGUUCAGUACUAUAAUGAUCCUCAUCAGCAACAACCAAGCAGUGUUCUUCAGCUCACUACGCUUCCUUCGGAGAUUGAUCUUAAUUACCAUCUCCAGGUUGCUCAGCCUAAUCUUCAAAACGAUCCAACUGCGAAGAUUGAUUAAUCGUCAACCAGAACAACUCUUUCUUUCUAGAGAUGAAUGAACGAAGAAUUACCAUUUCCGUCUUUUAUUACCUAU